AUGAAUAAUAAGAUAUCUUUUUAUAAAGAUUUUAUCUCCUCAAGAAGGCUUGGCCUUAUAGCUCUCCUUGAAACGCACGUCAAACAGGAAAAUGCAUCUUUUGUAGCCAAGACUGUUGCCCCCAGGUUCUCUUGGUUGUUUAAUUACGACUGCCACUAUAAUGGCAGAAUUUGGAUUGGCUGGGAUCCAAAUUUUUGGAAGGUCACUGCCCUGAAAACUCAUGCUCAACACAUUUCUUGUGAAGUAACUUCUCUAGCCUCUAAAGUAUCUUUUUUUGCCUCCUUUAUUUACGCUUCUACUGAUUAUUUAGUUAGAAGAAAUUUAUGGUCUGAUCUUCUUGAUUUUAAAGCUCAUAUACUCCCUAUUUCUGCUCCUUGGGUAUUAUCUGGCGAUUUCAAUGUUUGCUUAAAUUUGAAUGAGAUGAAUACGCCUAAUUCUUAUGGUAUUGAAAUGAGAGAUUUUAAAGAUGCUGUUGAUGCUCUUGACGUAUUUGACCUGAAUUUUUCUGUAAAAUACUUUACUUGGUGGGAUUGUAAUUAUGAUUGCCCAAAUCUAAGAAAGCUGGACAGGGUGCUUGUUAAUGUGGAUUGGACUAAUAUUGUCCCUAUGUCAACUACUAUUUUCUCCCCUCGGGGUCUUUCUGAUCACAGCCCUGCACUGACUUCCCUUGGUAUUGCCACUAAGAAGCUUAUUAAGCCCUUUCAGGUUUUUCAACAUGUUCUGGAGCACAAAGACUUUCUAUCAACUGUUCAAAAUGCUUGGAAUGUUGAUGUCCAUGGGGACCCUUGGUUUGUUUUGACCUCAAAAAUUCGUAGAGUAAAAUUGGCUUUAAAGAAUUUGAACAGCUCCUGUGGUGAUCUUCAUGCUGCUGUGAUUCAAGCAAGAGCUUCCUUAUCUCAUUUUCAAGAAAAUCUCCCGGAGCGUCCUGCUUUUGAUCUUUUUGCUGCUGAAGGAGUGUUAUGUUCUAACCUUCACAAUGCUCUUGCUGUUGAAGAAACCUUUUUAAAGCAAAAGUCCCGUAUUAAUUGGUUAAAUCUUGGCGAUGGGAACAAUGAGUUUUUUCACCGAGCUUGCAAAAACAGGUGGAACACAAACAAGAUCAUGGUUCUUGAAGAUAAUGCUGGGAACUCUUGCACUUCUCAUGAGGACAUUGCUCAUAUUGCUACUGAUUAUUUCAAGAACAUCUUGGGAACUAGCAGCCCUGUUGACUCUCUCCCUAUUGAAAUGGAUCUUCCCUCCAUUUCUGAGGCCUAG